AUGGAGCGCUCUAAGCUGGCCGAUCUCAAACUCGUUUCCAAGUACUACCCUGUUACCAACUACUCAUACCCUCAACAACCGGAACGUCCAUCACACUAUGUUCGGAGCCGCUUCUCAGAUGAUAGGGCGUCUUUGGGUUCCGAGGGGUCUUCACCCAGUCUGAUCGAUGACCGAACGGACUCAGAAGUCUCUCUGGACGAUGACUAUCAGUACCAUGCCCAUGGCGCGGAGCUAUGGGACAGCUUCUGGCUCCCAAGCAAAUCUACCAAGCUUGAACUUCAACCUAGAAAGCAAUAUCCGGCCUCGAUUCCAAUCACCCAACAACAACAACAACGUCAAAAGCAUCUAGAACUGAAGCAACAACAGCAGAGAUGGCAAAAGCAAGCAGAGGAGUACCGCGCCAAGGCAUGGCCUCUUUCUGGAAAUUCUCGCAACCAAAGUCGAAAGCCGGCAACAACCUAUUCCCCCUUCCCAAAACCACUCCCUCUGCCACCACGAACUGCACCACAAGCUCCAUCAUGGCAAUGCUCUCGCGAUGUGAAGCAAAAGCCUCCACGACCACCUCGCCCACACGAAGAAGUUUACGUUUUCCGCUCUCUUCAGAACUCACCCCUUGUUGCACAUUUUGCUGUUACUCAAGACUCGCCUCGCCCCAUUACACCAAAGGACAGUCGCCCAACAACGGCGCAAGAGACACGACUUCCGACACCUCCAGAACGUGGUUCCUACUUUGAAACCGCCUCACGCAAUCAUGCCCAACGUCUUUGUUCUACAAGCUCCCAGCCUCCCGCUUCUGUCAUGCCCUCAAAGAAGUCUCUCCCUUGCAUGCGGCCUCUACCGCCAACGCCACCACCGGAGGCGGAAGAGGCUCCGGAAGCGGAGCCCCACUCGGUGUUCGAGUACGAUGAUGACUCUGAUACUGAAUCUGGGAGCCGUUCAUUCUGGUUUCAUCGUCGGUCGGCAAGUGACCAACGUAAAUCAGGUCAACGAUCUGCCCCUUCAUCGCCCCGCAAGCGACAAAAUGAUGUGCUAGGGAGAAUGCUAGGACGACGCAGUCGAGGCUGA